CACCCAGGAAGUGGCGAGGCUAAAAAAACAACAACAAUCACAACAGUGAGCUCGGGAGGGCGGACGUGCACUGAACACCUGACGAGUACAUGGUCUUUUAAAUAUAUCUCUUUUAAAUCUUUUGGGCGCAGUCCAGCCGCCUGAAGAUGGAGGGACGAAGAGGGCUCACUCCGCUGUGUUUCGCCGCCGCCGUGCUGUGUGUUAGCAUCGUUAGCCUCGUUAGCCUCGGGGACUGUCAGGCAACUACAACACCAACUCCGUUAACUCCUUGUUCCGCCUUCAGGAACUGUGACACCUGCGUCCCUCACGCCCGGUGUCUGUGGUGCUUCGCCAACAACACCUGCUCAGAAUACCCAGUGAGAUGGUUUCUGCCCCCAGCGUCCAUGUGCCCGCUGUCCCAGGCCCGGUGGGGUCUGUGUUGGCUGAACUUUGAAGCCCUCAUCAUCGCCCUGGCCGUGCUGGGCGGAUCCAUCCUGAUCAGCAUCGCCGUCUGCUGCUGCUGCUGCUGCUGCAAGAAGCGUCCGCGAGGGCUCGACAGGGACGACGAGAGAUUCACCAGGAAGAGAGAGGAGAUCAAACAACGCUCGGAAGAACGGAAGGUGGACAGGAAGGCACGGCAUGACGAGAUCCGCAAGAAGUAUGGUCUGAUGAGCGACUCCGACCACCCGUACAGCAAGUUCGAGAACGAGUAGCGCAGCCCGUCCUGGAGGAGUUCCGCAGGAAGCCACUUUGAGCUCUGCUCUUCCUCUUACAGCUCGGAGAAGAUGUCAUUUCUCUCCCAUGAACCACAAACACCAAGACGAAAUACUGCUGCAACAGAAAAAAAAAUCACUAUUUUCAAAUAACAAUCCAGAACGAAAGAGAUCUAGAAUUUAUAUUUCCCCCCUGUGAUUCUUUACAAUUGUCUGUUUCGUGUAGAAGCUUGUUUUUAAAACUUUCUGCAAAUUUCUUUGUCAUGAUUUAAUGUUGUUGUUUCAUUUCAGUCUUUUCAUUUUAAUACUGCAGUUGAUUUAAUGAAGUACACGAUAAUGAUGAUGAUGAUGAUUGUACCAUGAAGUGUGUUUUGACACAUGAAUAAAAACAAAAUCUGCUCUUUUAA